CAGUGAUUGAUAAGCACAGCUUUCAGCUAUCAUGGAGCUUUGUAUGGUUCUGUCCCUUGCUGUAGUCCUACUUGGCUUUUUCUGGUGGAAGGUCUCUCGACCAAAGGCAUUUCCCCCGGGUCCCCUUUCUCUUCCAUUGUUUGGGAACAUCCUGCAGGUUGACUUUUCUAAUCCACUCAAGGAUAUGACAGAGGUGAGUGUUGGUUGUGAAUCUGAGCAGAAAAUGCAUGAGAUUAUAAGUUUAUGUCUAGAAUAAAUGCAGAAUAAUAUAUAUUUUUAAAAUUAUGUAUUUUGUUUGUGCAUAGGUUAAUCAAGUAAGUUUUCAUUGCCACAGCACCUAAAGCAUUAGACAGAGUAAAACAAUAGUGUGUCAUUGAGUACACUGCGCGUUUUUAUAAUAAAGUAAUAAACAAUGGUAAUUUGAAGCUUGCAUGUCACAGCAGAAAAUAUGAAGUGAUAAAAACAUAUAGGCUUGAGUACAGCUGAUGUCGAGAACAACUGGGUCAUGUUGGUACUGCUAUGAAAUAGUGUCAGCUGCAAAGGCAAAAAGAAAUCAAAACCAAAGCUAACUCAUAAUGUAAGCAAUGGACAGCCUGUGAUCCUCCACCAGGUAUAAGAGAGUUUCAGAUCAUUACUUGGGGGUUCCUAUUCAGCCAAUGCCCUCGUUUGGUGGACUCAGAGGGGUUGCACUAAGAUGAUGUGAGGGUAUGUUGGAAGGAGGGUAAAGGGGACCAUACAUCCUGCCCCAGGCCGGAAGAGAGGCCAGCAUCCACAGUCCACUGACUUGGGGGUUCAAAGAGUCUAAGCCCUCCUCCGCUAGGGAGAGACAGAAGUGCCAGGUGUUGUGUUCCUGCCACAUGUAGUCAGUUUCCUGCCCACAGGUGUCUGUGAGUGAGGCUCUGGAUUGCCCUGCAUCUCACUCUGCUGAGAUUGGCGCACCAUACCUGUUUGUCUUGCCUUUAGGGUGGCCCAGAACCGGUCAAAUAUAGCCUACAUUCGCCUUUCAACCAAAUCCGAGGCUAGCUUCCCAUACUGUGUCAGGUGUGUGUUGCCCAUCGUGGAGGCGGUUACCAUCUUGAGUACCUGAGGCGCUCAGUGUAAAAGUGAGUGAAUGCUCAGUAGAAGCACAGUAGGAGCAUGCUUGUAAGUAGGGUGUACCAGUGGGGACCGGGGUAAGCCACACCAGUCCAGGGGGGGGGAGGCUGAAGGGACUCAGCAUAACCCGGUUCUAGCGAUCAGCCACCUCGCCAGACCAAUGUGAACACCAGGCCUCACCCACGCCUCCGGGGAUUAUAGUGAUUCCAUCCACGGAAAUACACCAAAGGGCCCUGGUCAGUUUCAGGAUUAGGUAAGUCACGGCAGAAGAACGUUUGGGGGUGAUUUUAGUCGAUUAGAAGACUCAAGGAGAAGUACAGGCUUGGAGCACAAGUAAAAUGCGGCUAGCUGCCCUGCUACUCAAGCCCCGCCCAGCCCCCCUAGAAUAAUAAUAUUUAACAUGUUUAACCCUUUUUUUGGCAGGUGCAUUGCUAUAUACAUCAUCAUGCACACUAGUGGAAAUGGAUGUACCCUAUAUGAUAUCCCAGUCUCAUGGCUUUAAGAGGAACUUUUUCUGAUAGUGAUGCUUUUGUUGGGGUUUGCAGUACAAUCAGCACACCCCGUAGUACAUUUGUGUUCUCACAACCCAUAUACACAGGCAUGCCUUCUGAGUUACAGUAAAUUUUUUCCUGUGUUUUCUGAUGGGCCAGUGUGCAUGGCGUUAUAGAAUAGAUGGUAAUUUAUUGCAUGCCAGGCUGUACUUUAGUAGAUGUUCCCAUGGCAUGAAUCAGAGCGCUGGCUUGGAAUGUCAAUAGCAGAGCUCUCAUUCACUUUGGAAUUGUGGAUUGUGAGGGGCUCUCACCAUUAUCUGUACCCUCAGAUGGCAGACAUACCAUGCAGUCUCUGGCUGCAUUAAGGGACCCUGGAUCAGUCAGGCCCCCUUUGUGAUGUCACAUUAGAUGAAGGCUGAUUCAUCUCAGGGUUGUGAUGGCUGUGGCUUUGGGGUUCUGCAAAGGUCCCAAAAGUGGCACUUUGAUUGGCAUCCACAGACAUUGCAGUAUUCUGAUGUCUCAGUGCAUGCCAGGAUUAGCAAUAUCUACCAAUGGGCUAGAAACAUAGAAUGUGAAGACAGAUAAGAACCAUUUGGCCCAUCUAUUCUGCCCAAUUUUCUAAAUACUUUCAUUAGUUCCUAGCCUUAUCUUAUAGUUAGGAUAGCCUUAUGUCUAUCCCAUGCAUGCUUAAACUCCUUUACUGUGUUAACAUCUACCACUUCAGCUGGAAGGCUAUUCCAUGCAUCCACUACCCUCUCAGUAAAGUAAUACUUCCUGAUAUUAUUUUUAAACCUUUGUCCCUCUAAUUUAAGACUAUGUCCUCUUGUUGUGGUAGUUUUUCUUCUUUUAAAUAUAGUCUCCUCCUUUACUGUGUUGAUUCCCUUUAUAUAUUUAAAUGUUUCUAUCAUAUCCCCCCUGUCUCGUCUUUCCUCCAAGCUAUACAUGUUAAGAUCCUUUAACCUUUCCUGGUAAGUUUUAUCCCGCAAUCCAUGAACCAGUUUAGUAGCCCUUCUCUGAACCCUCUCUAAGGUAUCAAUAUCCUUCUGAAGAUACGGUCUCCAGUACUGUGUACAAUACUCCAAGUGAGGUCUCACCAGUGUUCUGCACAAUGACACUUCCCUCUUUCUACUGCUAAUACCUCUCCCUAUACAACCAAGCAUUCUGCUAGCAUUCCCUGCCUGGCUACCAGACAUAAUGCACACUUUAGCACACAUACAUAGACACACAUCAAUACACUAUAUGGCCAAAUGUAUAUAGGCACUAUUAAUAAUUAUUCAAUUUCAGGUGUUUCAGCCAUUGCUAACAGGUACAUGAAAUCUAGCACAUAGCAAUGAAAUCUCCAAAGACAAACACUGGCAGUACAAUAGGCCAUCCUCUAGAGAUCAGUGACUUGAAACUUGGUACUGUCAUAGGAUGCCAUCUUUGUCACAAGUUGCUUUGAAGUUACUGUGAAGUGGAAGUAUCUAGGGUCGGCAUACUUUUUGCAGAAGGUCGGAUGUCAUGUGUGUAAAUGUAGCUAAAUAAGGAUAGCAAAUAAGGAUUCCAAAUUAGGGAGCAAUCAACUACUACUAUCUUCAUUUUUAUAGUCUCAUUCCUGGGAUACUCUAAGGCAACCUCCUGGGCCUCCUUAGGCUCGCGCCAGCUCUGCUUGGGCCUGAUGCCAAUAAUUUUAUCAUAAGCCUUUGCGGGCCAGAGGGUGGGCCUUAUAAGGUUUGUGGAACAAAGGUUGCAAACCAUUGAUUGAGGACCAAGAACAGUCCAGCCACAAAGUGGCAUACCACGUAUACUCUCAAAGUCCUAAAAAGCAUAUGGCAUAACAAUCUCUUAACAUCUGUUGCAUCAUUCACUAAAGAGUUCCCAACUGACUCUGAAAACAACAUCAGCACAAGAGCUAAGGGAGCUUUGUAAAAUGGGUUUCCAUGGCUGAGCAACUGUACACAAGCCUCACAUGUGCAAUGCUACGUGUCAUCUGGAGUGGCAUCAAGAAUGCCACCAUUAGACUCUAAUUCGGGAAAACGUUCUUUGGAGUGAUGAAUCAUGUUUCACUGUCUGGCAGCCUGAUGGAAGAAUAUGGGUGUGAUGGAUACCAGAUGAAUUCUGGAAUGCAUACUGUGUACUGUAAAGUUUGUUGAAGGAGAGGUAGGCUUAGGGUUUCUCCUCUAGCAUAAGUACCUGACCUCACAAAUGCACUUUUGGCUUAAUGAGCACAAAUUUCCAUAGACACAAUCCAAAAUCCUGUGGAAAGCCUUCCCGGAAUCAGAGAAGGAUUAAGAUUCUGUAAGUUACCAGUUUUCCCUCAAUUCAAUCUCCAUAUAGGGUUGGUUAAUGGGGCCAGGCUAAUUUUUGGAUCUGGGUGCUCUAUCUAUCUCCUGGGUCAUAGGCAGCUACCUUAGGUUGCCUUAUGGUUAAUCCAGCUACACUCAGAAGAUGUAUAGAUGUUGUAGAAGCAAAAAGUUGCUCAUGAUUUUAAAAUGAGAUGUCCAAAAAUCACAUUCAUAUAAGUGUAAUGGUCAGGUGUCCACAUAACGGUUGCCAUUUAUUGACAUGGCAAAAAGUAUGUGGACACCUAUACAAUUAUACUUUUUCCAUUUUGAUGAGUAUAAAUCCUAUUUAUUUAGUCUGUAACCCAAGUGUCUAUCUUUUUUUUUCUUCAGUUAUCUAAGGUGUAUGGCCCUGUAUACAGUAUAUACCUUGGUUCAACAUUGGCUGUCGUGGUUAGUGGAAUUAAAGCUAUCAAAGAAGUCCUGGUUGUGAAAGGUCAUGAGUAUGCAGAUAGACCUCAGAACAGGGUAAUACGGAAAGCCUCCGGUGAAAAAGGUAAUGUCCGUUUGUGAAAGAGCUGUGUUUCUUAUCUUAUCUUUAAAACAUACUCACCUACAUUCUAUUUGCGGUGUUUCACAUGAAUAAACAGAGCAAGCAAACAACAGGUCUAUCAAUGGAAUAUUGCUAAGCAUGGACUUAAGGGAACACCUCACACACAUAAAGCAUGUCAGCUUGAAUAUUUGUGACAAUUUCUAAAAGUGCAGAUUUCAGACAGCCAGAGAUGUUAAAGUCGCUUCUGUUAGCUCUGCAGAGUUAACGGAAGAAGUGGAUGUGUUAAGCUAGAGUGCACCUGCUUUUCCCCCUUCUAAUUGAGCUGUAUUACAGCUGUUUUUUUUUUUACAAACCCCUAUGUAAAAAAUACCAAGCAUGAUGUCUUUAGGGGGUUCUACUAAACCUUUUUUUUUUUUUUUUUUUUUAAAUACAUCAGUGACAUAUUCCUUUAACAUGCUAACAGAUACCCUACUAGGAGGAGUCUUUAUAUUAACAUUGCUUAUGUGUAACUGCCUCAUACCAAUAUUUUCAAUCAACCACCUUUUAAAGGGAUACUCCACUGCCCAAAUAAUAAAAUUAAAAAAAUAUAUAUCACUGUUUAGAAGAUAUAUUUUUUUCAUUGGGGGUAUUUCUAAAAACAGUUUGCAAAAGCUGCAGAUCUCUUGUCUGCAGCCUUUACAAUUCUAAUCCCACUCAAACUUUCUGUAGCUGUCCAAUCACAGAAUUCCCAAUGGAGCUCAAUCAGAAGUCUUUGCAUGGCAGGUGCUCUGAGCAAUUGCUGCCACUUCAGUUUUAUGUUUUUCUUCUAAUUUUUUUUUUUUUGUCUAAAAAAGGGGUCAUCUUAUACAUGGAAUGGGGUUAAAAAAAGAACAAAACACUUGUGCGCUGGGCCUAACCCAAGAUGCUUAAAAUAUUUAUUUAUUAAUUUUGGACUCCCAAAAAAGGAGUCAUCUUAUACACGGAAAAAUAUGGUACUUUAGUAGUCCAGAGUAUCCCUUUAACAGACAGCUUCAUUAAGGAGCACACACGUAAGCCUCCUAGUAUCCACUUACAGAGAAAUCACUAAAUAUCUGUAAAUACUCAUUGUUGCGUCAUUGUGUCUUUCUCCUGCAAUGCUCUCCCUAGUGUGCUGGACAGCAGUGUUUAAUAGGAACAGUCUCAAGAUGUUAACACACAUAGACGUUUAAUAUAAUAUAAUACUUAAUAAUAAGGAAGGCUGUUUUACCUUAAAGGACCACUCUAGGCACCCAGACCACUUCAGCUUAAUGAAGUGGUCUGGGUGCCAGGUCCUUCUAGGGUUAACCCAUUUUUUUUUAUAAACAUAGCAGUUUCAGAGAAACUGCUAUGUUUAUUAAUGGGUUAAGCCUUCCCCCAAAGCCUCUAGUGGCUGUCUCAUUGGCAGCCACUAGAGGCGCUUGCGUGCUUCUCACUGUGAUUUUCACAGUGAGAGCACGCCAGCGUCCAUAGGAAAGCAUUAUGAAUGCUUUCCUAUGUGACCAGCUGAAUGCGCGCGCAGCUCUUGCCGCGCGUGUGCAUUCAGCCGACGGGGAGGAGAGAAGGAGGAUCGGAGGAGGAGAGCUCCCCGCCCAGCGCUGGAAAAAGGUAAGUUUUUACCCCUUUCUCCCUUCCAGAGCCGGGCGGGAGGGGGUCCCUGAGGGUGGGGGCACCCUCAGGGCACUAUAGUGCCAGGAAAACGAGUAUGUUUUCCUGGCACUAUAGUGGUCCUUUAAAGUUGAAAUACUGCAAUAACCAUAAUCUUAGAUGUUCAAAUAUAGUGACAAUAGUGAGUGAAUAAGACUAGAUUUGUAAACUAUACCUAACACAAACACAGCCAUAAUAUUGCAGGGGCAAAAUAGGUCUGAGCAGCCCAAACUGGUCAUCUGCAAUAAUAGCAACGUAGACACAUAACAGACAUAAUUAGAUAUUAUAAUAUAUUAUUGUGUAUGUGCCUAGAUAGUACUGCUCAUUAAGAAAGUAUCUGGAUGCAAUUUAUACAAAUUUUAUAAAAUUACGAUGAUACCUAAUGCACAAAAUAACACUGAAGAACAAGACUUGUUACUGAAUAUUGAUAUAUAUAUGCCUAGAUAGCACCACUCAUAAGGGAAAUCUCUGGAUGAUGAAACAAAGUCUUUUAUUUCUUCAAUUAUUGCUUUCAGAGAGCAGCUGUUUAAUUUCUCCCAGAUACCAUUGAACGUGUAAGGUAAGUAGAGAUGGAAAACAUAGAAUAAUUGUUUUACCAAACAAAUAAAAUUAGUAAGAUUUUAAAAAAAAACAUAAAAACACUGCAUUGCACUGUAUCUAUCGCUGUGGUCUCUUUUUCGGAAUAAAGUAAGAGUACAGUGGGUGGACUUUGACAACUUAAUGUGAGACUUAUGUGAGAAACUUUAGAUGGAAUUGUUUGGAUCUUACAGCCCAAUCUCCAUCAUAUUUACUUUUCUUUCUCCAGGUUUGGUGGUUGCUCCUUAUGGCCGAGCAUGGAAGGAACACAGACGUUUCACUCUGUCCACACUACGAGAUUUUGGACAGGGCAAAAGUUCUAUGGAUGACAGAGUUGCAGAGGAGAGUGUGUAUUUACUCCAGGAAUUCAAAAAGAACAAAGGUAAGGAAUCUUCUUCAAAACUUGGAAAAUAACUUUAUUUUGAUCAAGACUUGAUGUAUAUUUGGUUGGAUGAGUGGGCAAAAGGGCUCAAAAUGCAGUUCACAGAUUCUUGUUGAGAAACACUAGAGUUGUAGUUAAAGUUUGUUUCUUUGUUAUAGUUUAGUUUGUUCAUAUUAAUGUGGCUUUACUGGAAACCUAGUAAUAUUUUAAUGUUGAAUGUGGGUCCUUAUCAGCCCCGCGCACUUGCUUGGGCUUAUAAGGAAGCACUAGCCUGAGCAGCAGUGGGCAGUGGUGAAUGGCCAAAAGUGUCAGAAUUGGUAUGCAUUGGUAUGGCUAGAAGGAAGCCUUAGCUCUACCUGUAGUGGGAGCUGGACUGUGGGUGGCCAUGGAUCCUCAUUCAGUGUUAAACUGCUUGACAAUGGUUUAAUUCUGAAUGGAGGGACAGUGCAAAAUGACUCCUGGUACUAUGACCAAUACAGUGAGAUGAAGUGGGUGUAGUUCCUACAGUUUCACUUUAAAAACAUGAGUUAUCACACACCAUUAAAAACACUACCACCUAGCCAUCUUGAUUAAUGUAUUUACACCGAAGGUAAAAUAUGUGAACUGUUACUUUUAUUGGGGUUCUGGAUUUAGAGAUAACUUGUUAUGUAUCAUUUGAUAUCAAUGGUUUUUAUUUUUCAGAUAUCCUAUAUGACCCACACAGUGUAGUUAACAAUGCUGUGUCCAACAUCAUUUGUACCAUUGUGUUCGGAAGACGCUAUGAAUAUAAUGACACCACCUUCUCAAAUAUUCUUCAACUGGUCCAUAAGCAUAUGAAGAGGACAACUGGUUUUUGGGCAAAUGUAUGCAAAUUUAUGUAUAAUCAUUUAUAAGGGGGUCAAGAGUCAGGGCCACAAAAUAUUGAAAUGGUGGUCAUAAAAAAUGUGUCUAUGAUGAAUAUGUCAUUGGUACAGAGUACAUAUUUGAAGCUAUUUAAAAUUUCCACUAAAUGGUGAAUUAUGUCAAAAGUUGCAAAGUGUAGGCUCUCUGACAUUUCCUUGUCAAUUCUCCUCAAAUCCUGGCUUAAGAAAACCCUCAAUUGUUUAGCAGUAUAUGCUUCUAAUAUCAAUUUUAGUUCAUAUGUCUAUAUCAGGAACACUCCAAGUACAAUAACCACUACAGUGUACUGUAGUUGUUAUUGUGCCAGUCAUGUCCUGGCACUCCCCAUUGUAAGGAGUCAAAUGUAGAAUAUUUGGAAUGCUUACCUAAAGCACAACACUUCCUACAUCAGUCAGAAAUCCGGAAGCUGUAUGUCUGAACUAGGCUCAGAGAUACGGAGCUUAGAUCAUUGUCUGAGAGCAAUAAGAAUGCUGGGGAGGCGAAGCUUGGUGGAUCCGACAUAAGAAGUUAAACUGUUCUAGAACAGUCUGACUACAUACAAAGGCACUCCUAGCACAACAACAACUAUAGUUCGGCUGUGUUCCUUUAUGGUGAACCUCUUAUCCACACAUCAUGCAGAUGAGAAGGUCAGCUUCAACCAGGUAUGCAUUUAUUUUCUUACUUCAACCUGGGUGCCUCCAUCUUAGCUCCCUGUCACUCAUUGUUAUAAACUCUGUCCUCUGCAUCUGGCAGUCAGCAUUGAGAACGCAUACCGGAGGAUGUAUGUAUCAAUUUCUCCAGCUCAUAUGCAAUAUUUGCCCUGGCUAUGCCAGGACUGAACUGGAUUGUGAUGUCAUCAUAUAACAAUUUAAAAGAAAACAAAGCAUCACAUAAAAAAGUUACACUUGAAAAUCUAGGCCAAAACAGUGGCUUUGGCAAAAAAAAUCUUUAACUCAGCUUUUUUUUCCUAAAGCUACCAUUUUGGCCUAGAUUUUUCAAAUAUGAUUUCAACUCUCCGCAGCUUGUGUUUUGAUGGUUACAAACUUUAGUAAAUGGAAAUGCAAUAAGCUACAAACUUGUCCCAUUAUCCAAAAUACUGGUUUUCCAUUCUACAAAUUAAUGUAAACCUGUGCUCUGUGUGACUGUUGUAUAAAUACGGAACUAACCCUUAUCUUUUAAUAUAUGCGUUCUUCAACAUUCUCCAUUUACCUCUUUUCAGCUGUACAAUGUACUUGGGUUGAUCCAUUACUUACCUCUACCUCACCAAAAGCUGUUUGGAAAUAUGAAGUCUAUUUUUGCAUUUCUCGAAAAUGUCUUGGAGGAGCACAAAAGCACUAGAGUACUCGGAGAGCCAAGGGACUACAUAGACUGUUAUUUGGAAGAACUGGACAAGGUACUUUAUGUGAAAUACUUUUCAAAGUUAUUCGUAAGGUGACGCCAUGUUUUAGAAUUGUAUUUUCACUUGAAAAAAUAGUGCAUGGUUUUAUGCAGUGCGUGGCUUUUAACUGCUUUAUAUUUAUGCUUAUUUAAGGUAUUAUUUUAUAUCAGUGUCUACAUAAAAAGAAUCAGUUUUAAUCUUACCGCAAUAUUAUAAGCUAGGUAUGGCAGCCAGAAGAAUAAUGUCACUUUUAAAAAAUCUAUAGAGAUAAUGAUUCUCAAUGACUCAGUGUGCGUGCCAUUAAAAUGUCACUAUGGUACUUAUUUCACAAUAUAAUAUACAAAGGUGAAGAUUACGGAUGCAAUAAAUUUUUUUACAAUGCAUUACGUAAAUAAUGCUUAGUCUUUCAUACAUUUUGAAUAGUUUGCUACACAAAUUGCUUGUGUUUAGAUUUGUAUGUACUCCAAGUGUAUAAGUGUAUCCAUAUCAUUUCACAGUAUCUUGUUGCAAGCAUUUUAAUUGCUAAACUCUUAUUAAGGGACAAAGAGUUCUCCAGGGAACUGGGAAAAACAGUACUGUUGAUAAAUAAUGUAUUGUGCGUGAUUUAUCGAGGUGAAGUAUGAUGUGGUUGGUACUGUCUGUUGCUAGCAAUAGGAUCCCUGUUCUGGACAUGACACAGGGCUUACAGGAACACUCCAAGCACCAUAACUAUGGCAGCACCAUGUAGUGGUUAUAGUGCCUGGAGCUUGCUAGCACCCUCUCCAUUUAAGUAGUCAAUCCAUUUUAGAAUGGUUUCAUUUCUUUCCUGGGGUCCACCUGAUGCUGCCUCCUGCCCCUCUAAUCUUUCAAAGAACCAGAAGCUCCUUCUGCCAGGCUUAGCUCAGACAAAGAGCUUCCUGCCAUAUGAAGGCUGUUGUGGAGGCCCACCGGGGAGUGUGGCCCAGUUGAUCCCAGUAAGAAGUCAAACUGUUCUAAAAUGGUUUAACUGCUUACAUUGCGGGAGGGUGGGCACUAGGACACUUCUGAGACCAUAACCACUAAGGCUGAUGGUAGUACAUAUGGUGCUUGGAGUGUUUCUUUAAAAAAUACAAUGAAUUAAUGUGAGUUAAGUCAAUGGAACUGUUAAUGGAUGCACAGUCCAUUAAAUGUUACUAUAAGAUCUACUCAUAAGAAUUUGUAUAUUGGACAUGUUAAGGUUUCCAGUUUGAUAGAAUCUUAAUUUUUGAUUAGGAGCGAAAAGAAGGUAACAACAAACAGACCUUUGACUAUCAGAAUCUCUUUGCAUGUGUGGUGGAUCUGUUUGUGGCUGGGUCUGAGACAACGUCUGCCAGCCUGGAAUGGGCUCUGCUCUAUAUGAUGGCUUUUCCAAAAAUACAAGGUACAUCUUAUUUCUUUUGCGACAUUAUGGGUUUGAGAAUUACUCUAUGUAAAACUGUAUUUCUUUUCCAGAGAAAUGUCGAAGUGAAAUAGACAAAAUUCGAAGAGACAGAGACUGGAUAGAUUAUGGGGACAGAGUAAAAAUGCCCUACACACAAGCUGUCUUACAAGAGGUACAGCGUUUUGCCAGUGUUUUGCCUUUAGGAUUAGCUCACUCAGUGCGAAACGAUGAACGACUAAAUGGUUUUUCCAUUCCAAAGGUGAGAAAGAAUGCAUACAGAAGAAUGACAGCGAUCGAAUAAUCUAGCAUGUGAUUGAGAUUUUUAUAAAUCAUAAAACGGACAUCUGUUUUGUCUUUUUUAUAACCAGGGAACAGUUAUUAUAACAGAUCUGUAUUCACUUCAUCAUGACGAGACUUAUUGGAAAUAUCCACAUGAGUUCAAUCCAGAGAACUUCCUUAGUGAUGACGGAGAGUUGCUGAAAACAGAAUCCUUCUUACCCUUCUCUGCAGGUAAAUUGCUAAAUCACCAGUGUACUAAUAAAAACUAAAAUAUAGUGUGUUUGACACAUUUGUGAAACACAAUUGGUUGUUGGUAAAAUCUUCCAGUGUAUGUUUGAAGAUUAUGUUUCUGUGUUUUUUCAUUUUAUACAUUGCUGUGGCAAUUGUUUAACACAUUUAAGUAGCACAUAUUGUUUAUGCACAAGAACAUUAAGAUAUUGUUAAAGGUGAUAAUAUGUUAGCACUUGUGUUGAUGCUUUUUAGAAAACGUAAUAGGUGACAUUUUUGUACACUUGUAUAAUAAAUUGGUAAAAUUAUCACUGAGGCGACACACUAAUUUUUAUUCGUUUUUGGAGUGUUUUGAAGGUAGCAGGUAAUAGUGAUUAACAGCUGAUUGCACAUAAUUUAAAUUUUUUAGGAUUUUCUUUAAGAUUUGAAGUGCCUUGUAUAAUACUCUGUCUCACCGGCAUUCACCUCACUGCUUUAAAAUUCAGGGUUGUACCACUAUAGAACAAUGCUAUGACAAUACAGAAACUAACAUUUAUACUGCAAACAUUUGACCAUUACUUAAAGGACCACUAUAGGCACCCAGGCCACUUCAGCUUAAUGAAGUGGUCUGGGUGCCAGGUCCAGCUAGGUUUAACCCUUUUUUCUAUGUUUGCAAUCGGGUUAAUCCAGCCUCUAGUGGCUGUCUCAUUGACAGCCGCUAGAGGGCUUCCGCGCUUCUCACUGUGAUUUUCACAGUGAGAAGAUGCCGUGCAUGCGCAUUCAGCCAAAGAGGAGGAGAAGAGGAGGAGAGCUCCCCGCCCGGCGCUGGAGAAAGAGGUAAGUUUAACCCCUUCCUUACCCUAGAGCCCGGAGGAAGGGGGACCCUGAGGGUGGGGGCACCCUCAGGGCACUAUAGUGCCAGGAAAACUAUUAUGUUUCCUGGCACUAUAGUGGUCCUUUAACAUUUGUUUUAAACUAUUGAGAGUUUUGAAUACUUUUGCUUUACAAUGUUGCUUUCGUUAGAUUCAUUUGAUUAUUGGAGUUGGUGUUGACAAGUGCUCCCAUUUGUCUGCAAUAAAAAUACAAUGGCUAGCUUUUCAUUAGUAACAAAUAACAUCUGCAUUUUAACCCCUUAAGGACACAUGACAUGAGUGACAUGUCAUGAUUCCCUUUUAUUCCAGACGUUUGGUCCUUAAUGGUGUUAAUGUCCGUAUGCCACUAAUGCUCACCUUUGUAGAUACCAACCGCUGGUUAAUGCUUACCAUUUUGAUAACUGGACAGUAAGGCGUGUUUUCUAGUUGUCAUAGCAACUCCACUAGAACACAAUAAAGGGUUGGCUUUAGGCAUUAUCUGCAUUUAUCCCGAAGAAAAACUAAACAGCUAAUUCUAAUGAAUAGAAAACUGAAAUGCAAAGUUUAGUCACAAAUAGUUGCCUUAGAGCUUGGCAGUUUUAGACUAAAUGUUUCAAUUCAUUAGAAUUUGCAGUUUAGUUAAUACACCCUUUAGCGUUUUCAUAUACCGGACUUGUUACAUUUUACAGGUAUUUCUUGAGAACUACAAAAUCAAGCUUACAGACCGGCUUUAUUACUUAAAGGAACACUUCAAGCACCACAUCCACGAAUGCGUGCUGUAGUGGUUAAGUUGCCAGAAGUACCUUGUCACCCCUGUCCCCUUACUUUCAGAAGUUAAACAGUUUGACUUUUACCUUGGGUCUGCUAGGCGCCGUUCCUCAGCUUACGCUUUCAGCCAAUGAAAGCUAAUGGACUGGCUAGCAUAGAAACCUGAUGUUUCUAGUCUUCUUUUUUGCUGUAUGGGAAACAGUAAUGUGUGACGGCAGCAGCUAAAUACUAACCGCUGAAGUUCUGUAUUUUGAAAUACUGUAGCAUGGAAACAGCCACAGAUCUCUAACUUUAUCAACAGCCAUUUUGAAAAUUACCGCUAUGUUGGUAAUUGAUUGCAACAAGCAUAUGAGCUUGUAAUUCUAGCUCUGCGUUGUAAAAGCUAAAUGAGCAUAAAUUCAGCAGUUUCUAAAAUUUACCGUAAUGUGAGCCUACCUUGUAGUGCAUGUUAAAAAAAAAAUAUUUUCAGCAUAUUUAAGAUUUUUAAGACAUUUUUAUAGAUGGCCAGACCAUUGUGCCAUUCUGCUCAUUAUGUUUUCUUUCUUCUCAGGUCCAAGAAUUUGUCUUGGAGAAAACCUUGCUCGCAUGGAAGUAUUCCUCUUUUUUACCACUCUCUUGACACAUUUUGAAUUCCACUGGCCGGACCCAUUGUCACCUCCUGAUCUCACACCGGUGUUUGGGGUUGCCCAUACUCCAAAGCGCUUUAAGAUACGCCUUGUAUCACGCAAAUAAAGCUAAUUAUUGUUAUAUAAAAGGAGAUGGAUGAACACACACUACCAGAAAUCUUAAAUUCACACUACUAAUGUAAUUGUUUAAAUGUAUUUUUUUGGGAUACAACAGAAAGGGUUCUGUCUGUUAAGUUCAGCUCUCUUAUCUCAGUUGGAUCGUGUAUGUCUAUAAGGUGUGCCUACCAAUGUUCAACUACUGUGUUUUGCUAUACAGCUUGCACCUUGCAGACUUCCAUCAUGUCCUGCAAUUCACAUGUGUGCAUCAAUGACCUCAAUACUUUGCUGUGCAAUCUGUGCCUUGCAGGAGUUGAUCACUUGUGCACCCAGUGUGUAGUGAUUGAGUCUAACUCCUAGGCGGGUGGGUCACAGGAUUGGUAAUUAUGGAGUACUGGCAGGGCUAUAACAAAAUAACUGUUCUGGAAACAUUUGCCAUCAUAACUAUUUUCCUGCUUUGCUGUUUUGUAUUGGGUAAUUUCCCUGCCAACUCUCCAGAAUUUCUUAUUUAAUGAAUUAAGUCUUUUGCAAAAUAUACUCAACAUGUAUAAACAGUAUAUUAUUAAUGUAGCAGCAGUAGCAGUGGAUUGUUUAUUACCAUUGCAAGUACUAUGGGGACUGUAUUAACCCAGGAAUAACAGCAGGAUUCACACAUACCCGUUGGAGUGAAACCACAACACUCAGUGAGUGAAUAUUUUAGAUUAAUUAUUUGCUAAAGUACCUGUUGCCGUGGCAGCUGUGAAAUUUAUAGAUUGUGGGGAUCUGCCCAUCUCCUGAAUUGUAGUUCUGUGCAUUUAAAUUCAUCUAUGUUAACCCUAUGUACUCAAACCAAACCCUAACCGAAUGAGACAGCCUGACUUGUUCAAAACCAUGAACCUAUAGAAAAACAACAAUUAGAAACAACAAUUCUCAAAGGGAUACUAUAGUGCUAGGAAAGCAAAGUUGUAUUCCUAGAACUAUAGCUCCCUCGUGCCAAUCCCCUGGCAUAAUAAGGGUUAAAGGGACGCUAUAGUCACCAGAACAACUACAGUUUAUUGAAUUUGUUCUGGUGAGUAGAAUCAUUGCCUUCAGGCUUUUUGCUGUAAAUAUUGUCUUUUCAGAGAAAAUGCAGUGUUUACAUUACAGCCUAGUGAUACCUUCACUGGCCACUCCUCAGAUAGCUGUUAGAGCCUUCCUGGGUCAUGGCUGCCUAAAAUGCAUCCAAAUAUUCAGUGUCUUCUCCCUCUGCAUGCAGACGCUGAACUUUCCUCAUAGAGAUUCAUUGAUUCAAUUCAUCUCUAUGAGGAGAUGCUGAUUGGCCAGCGCUAUGUUUGAAUCAUGCUGGCUCUGCCGCUAAUCUGUCUCCUCUCAGCCAAUCCUAUGGGGAAGCACUGUGAUUGGAUCAGGCCACCACUUCUGAUGAUGUCAGCAGACUGCUUGUUUUUUUUUUUGAGGCAAACAGCAUGCAGAGUUACAGCUUCUGGAUUGCAAUAUUUAUGGAGACAUGAGGGGACCAGGGGGGCUAGAUGGUGGUGUUAACACUAUAGGGUCAGGAAUAGAUGUUUGUGUUCCUGACCCUAUAGUGAUCCUUUAAUAAACCCUUUCUGUACUUACUCCGUCCCCUCUGACAUCACGCAACGGCUGGGUGCUGAUGCACAUGCGUGGCAAACUCUGUGAGCUUAUUAGGCCCUCCCCAGUGGAAAGCAUUAUGGCAAUGCUUUCUUAUGGGGUAUUGACUGAGGCUGGAUGUUCUAAUGCGGACCAUGAGAACGUCUAGUGUCAGUUAGGCAACCAAAAGUCACCUAACCACCAAGAAGGGCCUUUAGUUGCUGUCUGAUUGAAUACCUCUGCAAGGUAAUUAUAGCAGUUUAUCAGUUUCUCUUUAAACUCUUAGGUCCAACUCCACUAAAAAUGUUUGUUGUUGUUUUUUUUCCUUACACAUCCUUAUCAUUAGUCCUUAAAGUGCCAAUAGAUUUGAUUUUUUUUUCUUUUGUUUGCAAAAGAAAACCGAAAGGGGGCACUACUCAACCAGACGUUAUGGAUCAGCCUCCACUGACUGGUUCAUCGAAUAGACUGCUAUCUAAGUGACCAUAUUAGUGAUAACUGUUUGACUUUUGUGUAUGCUUUUUCAACAGUGCAAAUAAAGUCUGUUUUAGCAUUAUGUACAUAGAAAGCAUAUUGGCUAAAGUAAUAAACUAAUGGACUUGAGCCUUUUUUUGGCCUUGAUUAUUUAUUUAUUUCUAAAAUAUUUUACCAGGAUGGAUACAUUGAUAUUUUCAAGUAUGUCAUUAUCAAGUAUUAUUACUAUGUAACUAUGAAACAUGUGCAUUUUUGCUUGAAACAAAGGGUACUUUAAAAUGAUUGCAUGUACCCCUAUGACAAUUGCCAUUAAUAUGACU